AUGUUCUCUUCCAACUACGAACGUGUGCAAACACACGAUGACGACGAUCACGUAGCCGCCCAGCCCUCACAAACCAUUCCAAACUCGCCGCCACCAUCUUUCCGCUCUCGCAACUCUUCUCGCAGAAACUCUGCUCAACACGACCACCACCACGACGAGGAUGCCGACCGAGAUAUCGACGACGCCUUUGCUGCCCCUUCAGAUGACGAGUCAGAACAUGACGGCCCUGACGCCGACCGUAGGCGACUUGUUCAGUCCGCCGACCGCGACUCUUCUCCAGAAGCACCAGCACCCCAAGUUCAACCUCCACGAUUAGGCCGUCGGGUUACUGAGAUCAACAUGUUCCUCCCUGGUGGAAGUCGCUCGACCAAUAACAGAGUCAUUGGUGGUGGAAGCAGUGCAAAUGAUGGUGUGUUCGCCAACAUUUCAGCGAAGCCUACCCGUGGUGAAGAGCUCGAGGAGAAGCCUCCGACCUACGAGCAAGCAGCCGCUGAUUCGGCGCCGCCAUACUGGGAAACCUCUAUCUUGGCUCCUGGCGCCUUCAACAGUGACGACAUUUUUGUCGAUGGUCUCGUCGUCGGCAGUCUAUUCUCCUUUGUCUGGAACGCUCUUAUCUCCAUGUCUUUCCAACUUAUCGGUUUCCUCCUCACAUAUCUACUUCACACCACACAUGCUGCAAAGCACGGCUCUCGUGCUGGUCUGGGUAUUACCUUGAUUCAGUACGGCUUCACCUUCCGAUCAGUACCCGCAGAUCCUGUCUCUGGCGUACCGGCAAAUGACCCAUCUGGCACCAUUCCUUCAGACCCCAACGCUCACGACUUCAACCCUUCGAAGGUUGCUGCAGAUGUCACUGGAGUAGAAGCUGCUGAUGGACUUCGUGCUCAAGACUGGAUUUCGUACACACUCAUGAUUGUCGGUUGGUUCAUCUUGAUCAGAUCUGUUAGCCAGUUCAUCCGUGCCAGGCGGCAGGAGAUGAUUAUUCGUGGCACCAACGACAGAGGCCUCGGCACGGCCGUUGUGGCAAGCAACGAGACGCCUGAGCAGGCUGUCUAA